GAAAUACAUUCCAGCCACGACAACCCUCGUCCCCUUUCCUUCCUUUCUCCUCAAUCGUGUCCUCUGACCCAUUCUACACGAUGACUUCAAACGGGUCCAUCGCGACAACGCUCUCGCCGACCAGAGAAACUCUGUCCUCAUCACAACUCCUCACUUCCUCCAUAUCUUCAUUAAACUCCACCUCGUCGCGGCAGGCCACCUCACAAAUAUCCAAGAUCUACAGACAAUCAUCUACACUCUUCCUGACUCGUCGAUUGCCCGAAUCGCUAUCAACUAUCUUGCCUGUUAUCACGCCGCCUCCCACUGACGACACCAAUGCUGACCCAGAGCCUGCGCCUAUCUCUAAAGCCGGAAAGACCACGCGGGUCAAGGUCUGGAGUUUAUACCUCACGAUAUUGAAUGCAGUAGUUGAACUGGAUCCAGACGAGGGGAAACAGGCGUUUGGGAGUUCAGAGUGGAGGGGAUUGGUCACCAAGGUGCGGGACGGAGAGGUCUGGGAGGACGUGGUCAAGAAUGGAUAUGGAGGGGUGGAGGGGGAUGUUGAUUCCGAUGUUGUGAUAAACCUCGCAACCCUCCUCCUCGCCCAUGCCCGCACUCAAAAGACCAACCAACAUCGUCUAGAAAACUACCUCGCCUCAUCCACUACCCCGAACCUCGACAUCUCUUCCCGCCUUGACACACCUACCUCCCCCCGUCGAUGUCCCAGCCCCAGUAAACCCACCAGCGGUACUGACACCCCACGGGACCUCAAUGCACGCGUCAAGAUUCUAGAGCUCUACACCUUACACGUCCUCCUCCGCAAUAACGAAUGGGAUUACGCCCGCGAAUUCAUAACCAUUUCCUCGGUCCUCGACGAAGAGCGCCGUGAGGCCUUCCUCCAAGCCCUCCAAAGUCUACAAGACGAACAGCACGAGGCCGAGCGCCGCGAAAAAGAAGAGCGCCGGUACCAAGAAGAACAGUUGAAGAAAGACAUCGAAGACGCUAAACGCCGACGCCUGGAGAACGAAGAGCGCGAACGGAAAAGAGAAGAGGAAGAGCGUCUCAAGCGGGAGAAACCACGUCCUCGGUCUGCAGCAGGAGGUAGUGAAGUAGACUACGGCGUAGAAGACACGCCUCCCCGACCAGGGAGUUCGAAAUCCCGCUCCUCAGCACGCGGUGGUGCUGCUUCUGGCUCCGCAAAGGGCUCUUCCUCCUCCUCCAAGAAACACAAUACACAUCCCUCAUCCUCCACUUCACCCACAGCUCGUGGUUCCGCAGCGGCGAGAGCAAUCCCGCCUACGAUCCUCACACGCGCGAGUAAUGUCCUAGGUAAUGUGAAGCGAUUAGUGGAGGGCAUGGCGGUGCAUUUCCAGACGAGACCGCUGUUUAUAUUGCAGUUUUUGGCGUUUCUGAUUGGCUUUUUGGUGGUGCUUAGUAGGCGGGAUGUUAAGGAGAGGUUGAGGAGGAUAUUGGGAGGUAGCUGGGAUAAGGUGAAGAGGACGGCGGGGAUGGGUGUUAAGGUUAGUUAUAUUUAAUGUUUUGAUUGGUGGGAAUGGAGAUAGGGAUGGGAUGGGAGGGGAUUGAAGGAGAAAGAGAACGGAGAGGUGUACAUUAUAAUCUUGUAAUGCAAGAAACAGCGUAAUGGUUGGCGUUUAUGGUGUGUUGGGAAAGCAAGGACUCGAUGAAAUUCAAUACAAUACUAUUUAUGAUGCCGUGUCAAGCUCGA